AAUAAGGUUAGGCUAGCGUUGAACAGAAAAAUUGGUGGUCGAGUUGAGGCAUAACCACUCGCGACUCGCGAUUCUAACACAGCCGAUCCCUCGUCUCGUUCUUCCCACACUCGUCAAUUUCUUUCCUUUCUCCAUUUUCCCUCCAAUCUUUGCCCUAAGAAAAGCUCCACAAUUUCUUUUCUAAAUUUUCGAUUUUCAAAAUCAAAUGCCAAUCAUUUUGUGGCAAAUUUAUCUAUUGGGUCUUCGAUUCGAUUCUCUGAUUCUAAGUUCUUCCCCACGCCUCAUCAGGUAUGCAAAGAAACUGUAUUUCUUUCGCUUUCUCUUAAUUAUAUCAAAAUCCAGUCUCUAUUGUUCUGCUAUUGCAAUUGAUUGUUAACCAUUUUCCCACGAUAAAAGUUACCAACUUUUUCUCUUCCUUUUAAUGUUAGAAGCUAACUGGUUAGGAUACAAUCUGCUGCUUUCAAUAAUUCAAUUUUACCUGAGAAUCAGAAUUCUAAACUAAUUGUAUUUGCACCAAAUGUCUAUAAAUUUGUGUUGGCCAUCAAUUUCUUCAUGUUUGACGCACAUUAUGUAACAUAACAUUUGCCUACCAACUUCAACACAAGGAACUACUUCUCAACAACUUUUGCUGGCCUUUCUCUUGAGUGGUGAUGAUUAUGCUCAAAUACUUAAUGCAGCAAACUCUCCUGAAUGGUUGAACUGAUGGCCCCACUCCGCUCCUCUGGAAUUGUUGAUCCGGGAUGGGAGCAUGGUGUUGCUCAAGAUGAGAGGAAGAAGAAGGUCAAAUGCAACUAUUGUGGAAAGGUAGUUAGUGGUGGGAUAUUUAGGUUAAAGCAACAUUUAGCUCGAGUGUCUGGAGAAGUCACUUAUUGUGAUAAAGCUCCAGAGGAAGUGUACCUUAGAAUGAAAGAAAAUUUGGAAGGAAGCCGUUCCAAUAAUAAGAAGGGAAAACAAUCUCAAGAUGAUGGACAGGCUUAUUUGAAUUUCCAAUACGAUGAUGAAGAAGACCAUGAACAUCAUGUUGGCUUUAAAGGCAAAGGGAAACACUUGAUUGGUGAUACAAACUUGAUGUUAAAUUUGACCCCCAUACGGUCGCUAGGAUAUGUUGACCCUGGGUGGGAUCAUGGUGUUGCUCAGGAUGAGAGGAAGAAAAAGGUCAAGUGUAAUUAUUGUGAUAAAGUUGUUAGUGGAGGUAUCAACCGAUUUAAACAGCACCUAGCCAGAAUUCCUGGCGAAGUAGCACCUUGUAAAAAUGCUCCUGAGGAAGUGUACCUUAAAAUAAAAGAAAAUAUGAAAUGGCACCGUACUGGCAGGAGACAAAGACAGAUGGAUACCAAAGCAAUAUCUGCUUUCUGUAAGCAAUCUGAUAAUGAAGAUGAAGAAGAUGAGCAAGAACAAGAUGCCCUACUUCGUAAGAGCAAGGAAAGGCUGGUAAUUGGUGAUAGAAUAUUGGGGAAUGAUUUGAGAGUGACUUACAAGGGAAUGACUUCUAGUAAUGGCUCUGAACCUUUAUUUAAAAAAUCAAGAUUGGACUCUGUUUUUCUGAAUACACCAAAUAGUAUAAUGCCACCAUCUUGCAAACAGUUAAAGAUGAAAACUAGGUCCUGCAGAAAAUCUCGCAAAGAAGUUAUUUCUGCAAUUUGCAAAUUUUUUUACCAUGCAGGAAUUCCAAUACAAGCAGCAAAUUCCCUGUACUUCCAUAAGAUGCUUGAGUUGGUUGGUCAAUAUGGACCGGGUUUGGUUGGCCCUCAGAGCCAGGUGAUAUCUGGUCGCUUCCUACAGGAGGAAAUUGCAACUAUUAAAAACUACCUAUUUGAGUACAAGGCAUCCUGGGCAAUCACUGGUUGUUCAAUAAUGGCUGAUAGUUGGAUGGAUAUUGAGGGUAGGACAUUGAUCAAUAUUUUAGUUUCUUGCCCCCAUGGCGUGUACUUUGUUGCUUCAGUUGAUGCCAGUGAUAUGCUAGAAGAUGCUUUAAGUCUGUUUAAGCUAUUGGACAAAGUAGUGGAAGACAUGGGUGAGGAAAAUGUAGUGCAGGUAAUCACUGAGAAUACUCCCAGUUUUAAGGCUGCUGGAAAGAUGCUUCAAGAGAAGAGAAACAAUUUAUUCUGGACACCAUGUGCCACCUACUGUAUUGAUCGAUUGCUUGAAGAUUUUCUGAAGAUCAAAUGCGUAGGAGAGUGCAUGGUGAAAGGCCAAAAGAUUACAAAACUCAUUUACAACUCCAUCUGGUUACUAAAUCUUAUGAAAGAAUUUACCCAGGGGCAGGAACUUCUGAGGCCAGCCACUACUCGAUUUGCCUCUAGCUUUUCAACUUUACAAAGCUUGCUGGACAAUAGGACUAGUCUAAAAAGAAUGUUUCAGUCGAGCAAAUGGACUUCCUCUAGAUUCUCCAAAUCAGAUGAAGGGAAAGAGGUAGAAAAGAUUGUAGCAACUGCUACAUUUUGGAAGAAGGUGCUGUAUGUUAGCAAAUCGGUAGAUCCAGUAAUGCAAGUGCUUCAAAAGGUUGAUAGUGGUGAAAAUCCUUCAAUGCCAUAUAUAUAUAGUGACAUGUGCAGGGCUAAGUUUACAAUCAAAUCCAUUCAUGGAGAUGAUGCACGUAAAUAUGGACCUUUCUGGAGUGUGCUGGAGAAUCACUGGAACUCGUGGUUGCACCACCCUUUAUACAUGGCUGCUUACUUCUUGAAUCCAUCAUACAGAUAUCGAUCUGAUUUUCUGGCGUCAGAGGUGAUACGUGGACUAAAUGAAUGCAUCCAUCGGCUGGAGCCAGAUAACAUGAGAAAGAUUUCUGCAUCCAAGCAAAUUUCUGAUUAUAAUUCUGCAAAAGGCGAUUUUGGAACUGAAUUGGCAAUUAGCACAAGAACAGAGCUUGACCCAGCUGCAUGGUGGCAACAACAUGGGAUAAGCUGCUUAGAGCUGCAACGAAUAGCUGUGCGCGUACUAAGUCAGACUUGCUCCUCUUUUGGGUGUGAACAUUCCUGGAGCAUAUAUGAUCAGAUCCAUAGCCAGAGGCAAAAUCGUUUUGCUCAGAAAAGAUUUGAAGACCUUGUGUUUGUUCACUACAACUUGCGACUUAGGGAAUGCCAAUUAAAGAAAAGGUCCAGCAGUUCGAUUUCCCUGGAUGGUGUGUUACUAGAACGCUUACUAAAUGACUGGAUUGUAGAAGCAGAGAAGCAACCCUUUCAAGAAGAUGAGGAAAUACUUUGCAAUGAAAAUGGAGCAACAUAUGAAGACAGAUGUGAUGAUUUGAUUGAUUAUCAUGAUGGAAUUGUGGAACCUCACAAGGGAACUCUUGAGCUUGUGACUAUGGCUGAUGUUGAACCCUUGGAUGUUAAUCCCGCAAAUGCUGGUGGCACCAGUGACGACGACAACGAUGACGAUGAAGAUGAUGAUAACUUUUUUGAUGAUAAUUUGAGUGAUUAAGUUUAGGUAUGACUCAGCUGACUUGGGAGAACAGAAGUAAAGAAUUUAGACAGUUCUUUACUGUAGUCGAUGUAAAAUUGUAGUUCAUCUGUUCUUUUUCCCCCCUACAUUGUCAAUUUGUUUUGGGGAAAUCCUUGGGAGACACAUUGAGCCUGAAUUAUCACUAUUUUGAGUGCAACGCAUAUUUCACUUGAA